CCAUCAGCGCGCUAUAAAGCGGCGCUCCGGGCGCUCGGCACCCACCGCCUGCCGAGCCGAGCGUAGCCGAGCCGAGCCGAGCCGCGGACGACCCCGUUGACGCUGUACCAAGAUGUGCGACGACGAGGAGACCACCGCCCUGGUGUGCGACAACGGCUCCGGGCUGGUGAAGGCCGGCUUCGCGGGCGAUGACGCGCCCCGCGCUGUCUUCCCUUCCAUCGUGGGCCGCCCGCGUCACCAGGGAGUCAUGGUGGGUAUGGGUCAGAAGGACUCCUAUGUAGGUGAUGAAGCACAGAGCAAGCGAGGUAUCCUGACUCUGAAGUACCCAAUCGAGCAUGGCAUCAUCACCAACUGGGAUGACAUGGAGAAGAUCUGGCACCACACAUUCUACAAUGAGCUCCGUGUGGCCCCAGAGGAGCACCCAACCCUGCUCACGGAGGCCCCACUGAACCCCAAAGCCAACCGCGAGAAGAUGACUCAGAUCAUGUUUGAGACCUUCAAUGUCCCUGCCAUGUAUGUGGCCAUCCAGGCGGUGCUGUCCCUGUAUGCUUCUGGCCGUACCACAGGCAUUGUUCUGGACUCUGGGGAUGGUGUAACUCACAAUGUCCCCAUCUAUGAGGGCUAUGCUUUGCCCCAUGCCAUCAUGCGUUUGGAUCUGGCUGGUCGGGAUCUCACUGACUAUCUCAUGAAGAUCCUCACGGAGCGUGGCUACUCUUUUGUCACCACUGCUGAACGUGAAAUUGUCCGUGACAUUAAAGAGAAGCUGUGUUAUGUUGCCCUGGAUUUUGAGAAUGAGAUGGCCACAGCUGCCUCGUCCUCCUCCCUGGAGAAGAGCUAUGAACUGCCUGAUGGCCAAGUCAUCACUAUUGGCAACGAGCGCUUCCGCUGCCCUGAGACACUCUUCCAGCCCUCCUUCAUUGGUAUGGAAUCUGCUGGCAUCCAUGAAACUACUUACAAUAGCAUCAUGAAGUGUGACAUUGACAUCCGCAAAGACCUGUAUGCCAACAAUGUCUUAUCUGGAGGCACCACCAUGUACCCUGGCAUUGCUGAUCGAAUGCAAAAGGAAAUCACUGCCUUGGCUCCCAGCACCAUGAAGAUUAAGAUUAUUGCUCCCCCUGAGCGUAAAUACUCUGUCUGGAUUGGGGGCUCUAUCCUGGCUUCUCUGUCCACCUUCCAGCAGAUGUGGAUAAGCAAGCAAGAGUAUGAUGAGGCAGGACCAUCCAUUGUCCACCGCAAAUGCUUCUAAGGUGCCUUCUCUCCUAGUCUACCCUGUGUUCAGGAUGACAGUAUUAUGCUUCUUGGAGUCUUCCGAGCCACCCCCUGCCCCAUCUCUCAUCAAUCAUUGUACAGUUUGUUUACACACGUGGAGUUUGUUUGUGCUUCUUAUAUUUAUUGCUUUAUAAAUAAACCAGGCCAGGACUUGCAACCUACAGAA